GGGGGGUUUUUAACAACAACCCUCUUCUUCUUUCUUUUCUUCUUCUUUUGAUUUUAUACUUCGAUUCAUAUACGGGAUUUAUCAUCGAACGAACCGGAAGCAAAAAAAUAAAUAAAUAAUAGUUAAUAAAACCCACCACCACCACUACCCAAAAUGUCAUCCAUGCGCAAUGCCGUCCAAAGACGGAAUCACAAGGAGCGAGGCCAGGUCGGAGGCCGUGAAAAAUGGGGUAUUCUCGAAAAGCACAAGGACUACUCCCUCCGAGCAAAAGACUACAACCAGAAGAAAGCCAAGCUCAAGCGUCUGGAAGAAAAGGCCCGCGACCGUAAUCCCGAUGAAUUCGCCUUCGGGAUGAUGUCUUCGCACACGCAGAAGGCAGGAAAGCACGGGACGGCGGCGCGCGAGUCGGCGGCGGGACUCAGUCACGAUGCGAUCAAGUUGUUGAAGACGCAGGAUGCAGGGUACUUGCGGACGACUGGGGAGCGGAUUCGGCGGCAGAUGGAUAAGUUGGAACAGGAGAUUCAGUUGCAGGAUGGCAUGGUGCAGAGUUUGGUGGGGAAGAGGCCGAAGAACAAGAAGAAGGCUCCGGUGAGGGAUGAGGAUGAGGAUGGGUUUGAUUUUGAUUUUGAUGAGGAGUCCGAGGAGGAGGAGGAGGCUGGACCAAAGAAGACGGUCUUUGUUGAUGAUAAGCAGGAGCAGAGGGAUUUGAAGAUGAAGCGGGUUCAGGCAGAGGGUAGUGGUGGGGAUGAGUCAUUUGAGGAUCUUGAACGGAAAAAGACGGCGAGAGAGCUUGAGGCGGAUCGUCUGGCUCUUCAGGAGGCUCGUCGCGCGCGGAAACUCAAGCAGCGUGCUGCUUUGGCGAGGCAGAACAAGCUGGCUGCGCUUCAGAAGCAGUACAACGAUAUCACAGCUGCGGAGCGCCAGUUGGAUUGGCAGCGUGGAAGGAUGGACAACACUGUCGGAGGCACGAACAAAAAUGGGAUCAAGUGGAAGAUCCGCGAGAGGAAGAAGUGAUUUCAAAUCAUUCUCACCAUACGACUGAUGAUUUCCUUCGACAUUCUCUUUUCUUUUCUUCUGUGUUUGCAUUUGGGCUGUUUCUGGGUGUAUGGCUUGGGAAAAGUAUUCUACAUGGGUCGUGUACUUGUAUAGAGAUUUACUGCAGGAUACCAUUGCUAUUUGAUAUUCU